GUUUCUUUCAGAUAUUACAUUGUUAUUUAUAAGCACGUUUUUCCGCAAGCUUGCUGCGGAAAUGGCAAUGCUAUUUCGUACGGAUUUUACGUCUGCGUGGUACAUAGGGACUUUUCAACAAAUAAAAAGAAAUUAGUGACCUAGUGAUAUCUUCGAGGGUGAUCUCAUGUUUCUAUUCGUGAUAUUACAAAAUCCGGGAUCAGAUGGCAGCAUUAGUAACAAAGAACAGAACGAGUGGAGCGAGCGGCUCCAGUCGAUCGUUGGCCGAGACCACAGGAGGACGGUAGGAUCGACGUCCACAGACUACCUCUGUACGUAACCGGGAUUGGUCGAUGGUUCUCGUGUAAACCCCACCUACCAGGUGGUCGUUCGAAAGUGUAGUUGUGUAGUUCCUUACGGUGAAACGACGGGCGCUGCUCUCUCUUCGUACGUAUCCAAUCGCGAGAAAAUCUGAAAUGAGACGUAUCGGUGCGCUAAUAUGUGACGGUUGAGAGAGGACGAGGACCAGGAACGUGCGUGAGGGUGGUUUACGCGCGUGCGGGUGCUUGACCACUUUCGAAGCGUGAACGACGGAAAAUCGGCGUUUAAAAAAGAAGUGGCCAAAGGUGAAGAAACAGCGUGAAGAAGAAGAAGGAAAAAAAGAAAAACGCGUCGAAGCAAAGGAGAUAAAAACGUGUGUGUGCCAGAGCUACACUCGCGAGAAUCCACUAUUUCGGGGGAGGUUUAGAUUUUUUUCUUUCGCUAUCUGUCUUUCGUUCUUUAAUUCUGUGUGUGCCUUUCUGCCUUCUUUUCCUCUCUUUCCGUUUCUCUCCGUAUUUACUUGAUUUGUUCCGAGUGAAAGUAUCGGUUGCGGCGAAGUGUUUUCUCGCCGCGUAGUAUGCGCCGUAUUUGUAUCGCGGGGUAACAAGUAAACGUACAUAUAUACAUUAUAUAUAAAAAAAAAGUGCUUCGUGUAACCAACAAGGACGUCAGCUGUGUGCGCUUUUACGAGGGGGACGUGUGCGAGAGAGAAACCCGCUGUUGAGAGACAGAGAAAUGGCGGCGCUGGUGGCAGGUGUCCAGUAUGGUUUGUCGUCACACAGUACUUUUCACGAAAACAAGUCCCUGAUCUUCGUGAAACUCACGGACUCGGCGCAACGUGCCAUCGAGGACUUCCUCAGGAAUCGACACAAGAUAACCAAGAAUCCUACAAUACAAUUCCAAGGAAACGAAGGGCAACUCUCCUUUCCGUCCACGCAAUCCAGCCAUGGAUCGGCGGGCUUCACAUUCAGCCUUUCCGGCAAUCAAGACAUCGAGGGUCCUCAGGGUGGUUUCGAGUGCAUCCAACAAACCGGCCCUAACAGCCUAGAGAGUCUUGGCGCAUUACCGUGUAAAAUGCGGAUACAGGCGAACGACGAUGUUUACGAGACAACCAGACAUCGGAUGGUCGUCGCUGAAGAGAACAGCAAAAACAAAUGUACUAGAGUCAUCAAGGCAAACGGGCCGGAUAUUGGGCGCAAGGUGAAGCUGAAAUCAGGAAAUAAAAUACCGUCGCCUUCAAAUUCAAAAUAUCGGGAAUCGACGAUUACAACUUCUGGCAGUCAGUUCAAGAAGUCUUCCAAGAGAUCUUCCAAGAUGGCUGUCAGUAAUAAAAAUGUGGCUCGGAAUCCACCUGAAAAGAAGAUCUCCGACAUCAUGCGCAGACCAUUGAAAGAGAGACUCAUUCAUCUCCUUGCUCUGAGGCCAUACAAGAAGCCUGAGUUGUAUGACCGCAUAAAUAGAGAGGGUAUGAAGGAUCGAGAACGCAAUGUGAUGACGACAAUUCUAAAGCAGGUGGCUUGUAUGAGAGAUAAUACGUAUCAUUUGCACAGGUACGUCUGGAAUGACGUACAAGAAGACUGGCCUUAUUAUACGGAACAGGAGAAGGCGAUGUUGAAGAGAAGAAAACCUCAGAAUCUUACGCCUCCUGGUUCCAGUGACGGUGGUUCUAGCGGUAGCGGACAAUCGCCAAAUUCUACUCAUCCAGGUUCACCGCCAGCAAUCACGGCACCGCCUGCCAGUUUACUGAACAACAAGCGACCGGGUUACUACCAAGGUAACGAUGGACUACCAACGAAGAAACCUCGGAUAUCGCAUUAUAAGAAGCCGGACGUGAUAUCUGCCUCCGGGAACAUCACAGAUAACGGAAGGACGGCAGUUGGUGGUAAUAGUAGCAGUGUUAGUGUCGUUUCUAGUGGAUCCGGCGAUGGUAAUAGCAGCGUUAGUUUGGUUGACGGUGGCUGGGACCAUCAGAGGCAACAACGUGAUCGUCGGGGCGAUUACCGAUCCGAAAGAACAGCGAACAGUGAUGUGUUGCGGGGGAUCGGUGGCUAUGGAAUCGAGAAACCGUGCCUGACACCGACCAGUGACAGUGAAGACAUCAACCAGCUCGGCCAUCGCGCGAGUGGAACCCCCGGAAGCAAUGCUGCUAGCAACGUCGGCCAUAAUUCUAUAGUAGUAGCCCAUAUCAGUUGUUUGAACGGCGUUCGCCAUCAUCAUACCGGCAGGGCCGCCGAUGCUAACGCCGGUUUGGAUUACGUGCCGCGUUCGAUGUCGAGUGCCGUGAGUGACGGUGCUAGUUAUAGUAAUAGUUCAAACGGGAUGCUCGUCGAUAGAAGAGACAGGAAUGACAGAGGCCGUGCCAGUGACAGAGAUCGUGAGUCAAGGAAGAGGAACAACGGGACUGCUGGUGAUAACUCGUAUAACGAUUUGCCCGUUCCUGAUUACGCCAACAACCAGGACGUUACGGUGUCCACGUCAAAUUGUACUGUAGAUGCGGCCGAAUUGCCGGACAGCCCUAAGUCAUCGGAAUACCCGGAUUACCUGACGUACUAUACGACAAUAAGCAGCACGGAACAAAGAAGACGUUAUAAGGCGGAAUUCACUGCGGAUUAUGAAACGUAUCGGAGGUUGCACGCUCAAGUGGCGACAGUAUCUAAGCGAUUCACUCAGCUUCAGGAGCGAUUGAAGCAGGAAGAGGCUGCAGGAAACUGGGAGGAAUACGCGGAAAUAAAGCAGCAAAUUAUAGACGAGUAUGAUGAAACUAAACGGGAUCCCCGGCAUAAGGAAACGAAACGUCGAUUUCACUAUUUACAUGAAAAGCUUAGCCAUAUCAAACGGCUGGUGUUGGAAUACGAUACGCAGAAUUGCGGCAGUGGCGGCGUAACUACGACAACAUCGACGACGAACAAUAACAGCACUCAUGAUAGCAACGGAAUGCAGGAACUGGGUAUUUUGCACUACUGACACAAACUGAAAAGGCCGCCUUUUAUCCUCCACCUUUUCUCGGUUGUUGGUAUGCUACUGUCUAUGUUGUCGCAGAAUUUGCAUUUUCUCGGCAUGUUCCAAGUCUGAUCUACGGAAACACGGUCCAUAAUGGUUCCUUGAUUCUAUCGCUGAAAAAAAAGAAACAAGAGCACUCUCCGAGUCGAGAUUACAAGAAAAGAUUUUAAAACUCACACACGCAGGAAAAAGAAAUCUUGUUCGUUAUUAUUGUUUCGAAUAAUCGCGUGAGGGUCGAAGAUUUCCUCUUCCGUAAUUAAUAAUUCGUGCGCGCGACUGUGAUGAUCUCUUCGACUUUUACGCCUAUGCGUUGCACGAUCGCGAGCGAUCGUCGACAACCGCAUCGACCAAUGGUAAUCAAUAAAUGAGUUUUCUUCAAACGACAAUCGAUACGUUUCGAAGGGAAAGAAGAAGGGAAACGAAGAGAACCGUAAGUCCAUCCGACAAGAGAGAAAAAGAAAGAAAAAAAAAAGGACAUUUGCAAGGAGCAACAAACUUUAACGCAUUUUAUCUUCUUGCUCCUUGCAAAUGCCCUGUUUUCUCUUUCUGUCUCUUGUCGGGUAGACUUAUGUUUUGUUCAAAAAAAUUAUAAAAAAAAGAAAAUAAACCACAUUUUCGAUUGCGAGAAGAGGGUCCAAAGGGGUUAAUAGGGGCUUAAUUACGUGCCACGUCCGGAGGCGACUGUUAAAUACUUUUUUCCGCCGGAAGGAAAAAAGGAAAGAUACUAUGGCAUAGACUGUCCAUGAGCUGCCGUGUGAAUCGUAUUAUAAAAGGUCCACGUGCUGCUUUCUUAUUUUCUUUUUUUUCUUAGUUUCCUUUCCGUUUCUUCUUUCUCUUCUAUUAUUUUGGCUGUUUGCCUCGUUUUAGAGAGAGGGCAAAGUAAAUUAUUAGCUCAAGAGAGAGAGACCACUUACAUGCUUCUUGCGUAUCUAGACUUUGUUCUUUUUCCCCUAUUUCUUUCGAAAAAUGCACGGCUCGAUGAUCCUUAUGUCAUAGAUUCGAUCGCCGUAACUCGAUUUUAGUGAAAAUGAAAUGGCACGAUUUGAGAAUCGUUUCUACAAAGAGUAGAACGAAAUGAUAAAUGAAAUGAAAGACAAACAAGGAUGUAAGCGCCCUUUUGAAAAUAAUUGCCUGCCAUAAAACGAUGUAUAACUAUGCGAAUCAACCGAUCGUGUAUAGUUAACUAAGCGUUUAAAAAAAAUACGAUAGAAACAGAAGAGUUAGAACGUGUAAUAGAAGAAAAAGUGGGCACUUGACCCUUCCCAAUCACGCGAUAGUAGUGGUUCCGGUAGGUAAUUUUUAAUAGUGGUCGGCGAUAAACGUAGUUGUAUAUGUACAGCAUACGCCAAUUUAUUAAGCGUAUAGUUAAAGAUAUCUUCAUCGUCUAAUGAAUUAUUAUCGAUAAAAUACUAUUAACACAAUUAUUGAUGCUAUUGCUAUUAUAAUUUGUUCGGAUAGUUAAGUAGAUAGGUAAAAAAAGAAACGCGGGUUGUUUGUUAGAGGACCUAGAGUUAGAGAAUGUGUAACGAAAGUUUGAACGACGUUAAUGUUUUCAAUAUCUGUUUAUCUGACUUUUCGGUAAAACCAUAUGAAAAGCUCUUUUUUUAUGGAACGUAUGCAUGAGGAGAAUUUUUAAUAGCAAUUAUAUAUAAUCGCGUUUUUUUUAUUGCUAUUGACCUUUUCGAUUAUAGUUUUUCUUUCCUUCUUUUUUAAAUCGCUAUUGCUUUUUUAAAUUUGUAUAUGAAUCAAGUUUCUUUUUGUAAUGUUUAUCAAUGUUUUGUUCCACAUUCAAUGAGGAUUUGCAGGUAUGUUGUUGGUCUUUCAACUAUCUCAAUUCCUAUCACAAAAUUGAGGCAGGUGAAAGACCGAUUUAGAAAGAUGAAUCUAGGAAUUUGAACAACGGCGUACGAAUUUUACACUCUUACGGGAUGUAUGCGUUCUUAUUUUCUUAUUUCCAUACGGAACAUUAUUUUUAUACAACUAUGAUAGAAAAGUUUUUGAAAUUGUUCGAUUGGUUUCUUUCACGCACAGAAAAAUAAGAAGUAAUUAAGAAAUCGGUUAUUGAAAAAUAUAAUUUAAUUUUCAUUUUUAAUGUGUGUAAACUUUAACGUUAAAGCAAUAAAUUGUUUAGUUUUCAUAUUCUUAAUUUAGAUCCGUACAGCUGUACGUUAAAGUGAUAAAACUUCAAUAAAAAUACAACACAAGCACUUCGUCUAAGGCAAUUCUAAUCACUGUUUUCGAGUUAGAAUACUAAUUAAACAAUUGCAUUUACUAAACGAGGUGCUUGUGUUGUAUUUUUAUUGAAGUUUCAUCGUUCAUCGUUGUCUGUACCUCGAGGUCUCCUCUUUUUUUAUUCGAACUUUCCGCAUUACUCAUAAUGCAUUUUCUUGCCGGCAAUACAUGUCAUGUUUCACGUGUAAUGGCACCAUUGUUAAAUAUUUAAAGAAAGACAUAAUUUUAAAAUCUGUUACAAUGUUAACUUUCAUGUUCGAACUUGCAUACAAGUGUCAAUAACGUGAACCAUAUUUGUUUAACUUGAUCAACAAUUUGGCUCAUUGUCUUAAAACGAAAGAGAAAGGAAGCUUCGAUUUUAUUACGUUCAACCUCACAGUUUCAUUAUCUUUUCGUUAAAUUAUCUGUGCAAUGUAUUUGCAAUUUUUCACGUACUAUGUUUGCAUUAAUUGGAAACAUCGAUAAGAGUUCGCUUAAGUUUGGUUGGCAGUGCAUUUAACACGAUCGUAAAAUAUCUUUGAAGCUCGAGAAAGGAUAACUGCUGGAGAAUGCAUGGCACAGUGUUGACAAGUAUUUUUUAUUGAUUGCAACGAAUUAUUUAAAGAAGGGUUGUAAAACACACAUGAAAGAAUACGUUCGGAAUAAGAUAAUCUAAAAAAAAAAAAAAAAACACCUAUUUUUAUAUAGAAAGAAAAAAUUGUAUCUAUAUAAAUAAUUAAAUAAAUGCAGAAUAUCUAUACAUAUGUACGAUUGUAGGCUGCAUCGUGUGUGUUCAUCAACAUAAAAAACCAAUGAUAACAAAAAAAGAGAAUGUGAGAACGAUAAUUAUUAUUCGAGUAUAUUAUUUGGGUUGUAACUAAAAGGUAUAGGAACCAGUUUUAAUGAUCUAAUAUAUUUCGUUGUUACUCAAACUAAGAAUACGUUCCGCCUCUUUCUUUAAACGUAAAUACAUUAAUCGACAGACAAUCUUACUUUUCCUUUUUUGCUCACUCUCUUUCCCUUGCAUUUACAAACAGAAAAAAUGUAAUAAACAAAUAUGUGAAAUAUUAAAUGCAUGUGUUUCCUUUCACUAUUAUUCAUUUUUUACUUUUUACACUUCACCUCGUUCUUUGUCAAUAAACUUGGUAUAUCGCGGAGAUACACAGAAUGAGAGUAUGAAAAAUUAACAGGUAUUUAUGUGUAUAACGAAGAAAGAAAAGGAGAAGGAAUCUUUUAUCAGGCGCUUAUUAUAAUACUGUCAUCCUGUGCUAUACAUAUCCACUUCGGUGUACGAUGGUUCAGUAGAAUAACAGUUUGUAUUUAAUUCGUAAAUAAUACCAACUUUCCUUUCCAUGUCAGAUGUAUCGCACAUUGUUCAUUAAGUAAGUGAAAUCGUUACACGCAGGGACAACAAUCUAGCAUGAAUGUUACGGAGCUCUUACGUUGUUUAAUAUAAAUUGUACAUAUUAAAGUAGUAUAUUAUAUAGAGAGAAAGUGUAAUUUAAUGACUGUACUAGUUAUUCAUAUUAGUCAUAAAGAGUUUUUCUAUUAA